CGGCGAUCAGCGACGCGGCUAGUUACUGGAUUCGCCAUCUCCGGGGCGCCGACGGUUGAAUUGAGUCGCAUGUAAUCCCAACUUCGCCAAUUGAGUCGUUUCUGAUGCCUACGGCCUCGGGGGCUCGAGCCCUGCUGUCGGCAAAGAGACCGCAUCGAUUCCCCCGCGUCCCUGCUCACGCCAAUGCGAGUGCCACCGCUAUCGUCCUCUGCGCCCUGCCACAUCACCAUGCUCCUUCCCACCGUCGGUACGAUUCUGCCGUAAGAUCUCGAAGCUUCCACACCUCCUCGCCCGCUCGGGGCCGGCCCGACGACCCCAAUGCUGAAGAACCUUCUGCCGACAAGAAGAACAACGACGAUGCCGGCGAGAAGGGCGGGCGAGGCGAGACGCCAGGGCAAGCCGCCGAGGCCAAGAAGGAUAGGCUGAGGCAUCAAGGGUACGGGUCAGCUCGUGCCCGUGCCAACCGGAACCGUGGCGAUGAGCUGGUGGCCAUCCGCCUGCCCUCAUGGUUCGUGAGCGACCACGUCUCGCUCUAUGAGUCGCGCCCAAUCGGCAGCCCCAGCACGCUGCUGUUUCCUCUAGACCAGAGCGACCGCGAACAUGUGCUGGCGCUGCUCGACUCACACCUCAAAAGGGCCGCCUUGACCGAAGCCGACGUUGAGGCCUGGAAGGACAGGUUACGACGCCCCGGAGCGAUCGUUGAGAACGCCGAGAAGCUCGUGAGGCGCUUCCGGGCGGUUCAUAAUGCUGCGUUUUUGCAGGCUCUCGCACUUGUACACCACUCGUCGGCGAAUCCGGAUCACAUCGAGAGGCUGCGACAGCACCACUCGACAAGGGAGGACGACAUCAUGAGGCUGUCUUGGUGGUCGGAUGAGAAACUCUCAGGGGAUGCCCAGCGCUGGCUUUCCAAUUUCCGCUCCGACUCCGUGCCGGGAUCUGGUGCACUGCACGGCAGUCCGUUAGCAAACAGGCCCGACCCAGAGUAUCCCGUCUGCAUGGAGCUUCUCGCUGCAGUGCGGUCACAGCUGGAGACGACAACCCCUGGUCAGCAAGAACCACGGCGCCCUGUGGCACUGCUGUCGGUGCUCAACCGCAAGGGUCGGAGCGUGGCAGAGUCUGUCAUCAAUGAUGUGGCUACCGACCUAAAGGCCGAUGUCGUGCACAUGGACGCUUACACCAUCGCAAACCUCGUCGGGAAACACCUCGGCCAGAACCUGUAUUCUGCCCGAGGUUCUCUCUCGAUGCUCGGCUAUGCGGCUGCUGAGAUGAACGGGCGCCUUUGGCCGCGUCCCGACAACGAUUCUGAGCACGAGAUCGGCGUGGUUGGUGUUGCGCUUUCGUCGUCGCGGUUGCGGUCUUUCCUAUCUUCCUCAAGGGACAGCCUGAUAGGUGUCUCGUCCGAUGGCCGCUGGGAAGAUAUCAAAAUCACCGGUGCGUUGGAGGCUAUGAUUGCCUCUGCCGACGCUAAACGCAGCAUAACGGGCGCCGCCCCCAGAGAUCCUGACCGUAACCUCAUCAUCCACGUCCACGAUUAUGUAGAGCUAAACUCGCUGCACCGGACAGUGAUCAGUAAGCUCCGGUCUAUUGUCGACCGCAUGUGGGCAAAUGGUAGACCGGUCGUUCUUGUCGGCUCUUCGUCCGGCAACAUAAUCACGUCAUCACAGUACCGCGACCAGCUGAUCGAUAUUGGCCGAGAUGGCGCCCAUGUCAUCCCCUUCCACGCGUCAGAAACGAGCGAGUGGAUGGAGAACUAUGACAACUUCCGCGAUAAUAUCAGCAACAUUGAGGACAUGCUCCAGGCCAUGCUCGGGAACAAAGCAGAGAUUGCCUUUGGCCGGCAGAUCCGUUUCGAGGACGGACGCAUCCUCGUUGACGGCAAGUACGACAACCUUGUUGAGACACUCUCGCGCCACCUCUACGACGCCCAGUGGGUUUACCGCCUCGCGUCCCUGAUGGUCGGUAGCCGCACCCCCCGCUUCCGGAGCUUUGGUCUCGGCCACCUACAAUACGCCCUCGACUUCAUGUCCGACCGGAACAAGCACUGGUCCGCUAUCUAUCCCGGUGUCGUGCCCCCUUACUUCUCCCCAUUAUUCACCUCCCGACGUAGCUCGGACUCUAUCUCCUCCAUCUUCUCCUCCUCUUCCCCAGAUGAAUGGGGCAUGCCGCCAUCCCCUUCCUCCAACUCCUCCACCUCCGCUUCCUCCAAAGAAUACGAUCAGCACGAAAAGAAACUGCUUUCCGGCCUAAUCAACGCCAAAGACAUCCACACCACUUUUGCCGACAUUAUCGUCCCGCAAGAGACGAAGGACUCGCUCAUCGGCCUUACUUCCCUAUCCCUUAUCCGCCCCGAGGCUUUCUCUUACGGCGUCCUCAAGACUGAACGGAUCCCGGGCUGCCUGCUCUACGGGCCGCCGGGGACGGGCAAGACGCUGCUCGCCAAGGCGGUCGCCAAGGAAUCUGGCGCCAACAUGCUGGAGGUUUCGGCCGCGUCCAUAAACGACAUGUGGCUGGGACAGUCGGAGAAGAAUGUCCGGGCCCUCUUCAGCCUGGCGCGCAAGCUCUCGCCCAUGGUCAUAUUCCUCGAUGAGGCCGACGCCCUGCUCGGCGCCCGCCACAACAGCCCCGGCCGCACCGCUCACCGCGAGACCAUCACCCAGUUCCUGCGCGAGUGGGACGGCCUAUCCGACAUGCGCGCCUUCAUCAUGGUCGCCACCAACCGGCCGUUUGAUCUCGACGAGGCCGUGCUGCGGCGCCUGCCGCGCAAGAUCCUCGUCGACCUGCCCCUGCGGCAGGAGCGCGAGGCCAUCCUGCGCGUCAUGCUCAGGGACGAGCUGCUGGCCGGCGACGUCGACCUAGCCGCCCUGGCCGUCGAGACGGACCUCUACUCGGGCUCGGACCUCAAGAACCUCUGCGUCAGCGCCGCCAUGGAGGCCGUCCGGGAAGAGGUGCGCGCCAAAGAAGAGUUUGACAAGAAUAAAGGCGGUGGUGAGGAAGGGGAGGAGGAGUUCCGGUUCCCCGAACGGCGCGUGCUGCACAAGAGGCACUUCGACAAGGGCCUGAGGGAGAUCAGCGCCAGCAUCAGCGAGGACAUGGACAGUCUGAAGGCGAUCCGCAAGUUUGAUGAACAGUAUGGCGAUGCGGGGAGAAAGAGGAGAGGGAGAAGGAGUAUGGGCUUCGAGGUUGUCCCCGGGAGGGUGGGCACCGAGGAGGCGAGGGUGAGGCAGGUCGGUGUCGCAUAGAGACGCCGGCGUGUUGCUUGUUAGCAGGAUGAAAAGUGUAUGUAUAUCAAAAGAUGGCAUUCGAGGCGCGGGUUUAAUGGGCGUCUCGGCGCUGUGGGUGUACUGUAUUGUACAUGCAUGUAUGAGCACCCUUUUGUAGAUACUUGGCAUUACCGUAUUGUAGUACCUUACUUAGACAGGGAUGACAAGG